UAAUAAUGGGAAAAAUAAUUUUGUAUGCCAUAAACGGCAGUGCACCAAGUCGCGCAGUUUUGCUUACCCUAAAAGCAUUGAACGUGCCUUUCGAAUAUAAAAUUUUAAAUCUAUUAGUUGGAGAGCAUCGUACACCAGAAUAUCUUGCCAUCAAUCCACAUGGCACGGUGCCAACGCUUAGUGACGAUGGCGAAAUCUUCACCGAUUCACACGCCAUUAUUACAUAUCUGGUUGACAAGUAUGCCACAGAAGAUUCGCUAUAUCCAAAGGAUCUAGUCAAACGCGCGAAAAUUAACCAAUUUUUAUUCUAUGAAGCAACUGUCGUAUUCGAACGCACAUUCCGUAAUAUCAGCAGACCGUUAUUUAAUAACAACAAUGUGGUGCCCUAUGCAAAAAUUGAAGCCGUCUAUCAGGUCUACGAACAGCUGGAGAAAUUCCUAAAGGAGCACUCUUAUGUCGCUGGCGAUCAACUAACUGUUGCGGAUUUUUCAAUAGUUGCAACAAUAACUACGUUGUUCGUUUUGGCACAACUCGAUGCGGGCAGAUAUCCUAAAAUUGCUAACUGGGUUAAGCGCUUGGAGGAGUUACCCUACUAUGCUGAAGCGAAUGGUGAAGGAUUAAAGCAAUUUAGUGGUGCCAUUAAGGCGAUUGGCCUUAAAGUUUUGCGCUAA